AUGCCCUUGAAAAGCCGCAUCAAAUUCCCCGAAAAAGAAACCCUCCCAGUCCCCGAAAUGAGUCCAAAAUAUCAAAAGCUCCUUGGAAAACAUGUCCUCAUCAUCGGCGGCACAUCGGGAAUGGGCUACGCAGUCGCCGAAGCAAGCCUCGCAUCCGGCGCCAACGUAACCAUCUCCUCCUCCAACCAAACCCGCAUCAACGAGCGCGUCGCCAGACUCAAAACCGAGUACCCAUCCCAGAGCAUCCAGGGAAUAGUCUGCGACCUGUCACGCGACACCCUGAAGCAAGACAUCGAAGAACUAUUCGCCAAAGUCGGCACGCUGGAUCACAUCGUCUUUACAGCGACCGAACCGCCGAAGAUGUUCACGUACGACGAGAUUACACUCGAGUACUGGCGCAAUGCCGGACAAAUGCGCCUGUUCGCGCCAUUUUUCGUCGCGCAGGUCGGUGCUAAGUAUUUGAAGCCUGGGCUUGAGUCGUCGAUUGUUUUGACAACGGGGACUUCGUCCGAGAAGCCGAUUGCUGGGUGGCCGGUUGUGGCUUCUUAUGCGGCUAGUUUGAAGGGGUUGACGCGCAAUCUGGCGCUGGAUUUGAAGCCGAUUCGCGUUAAUAUCGUUAGUCCUGGGUUUGUGGAGACGGAGUUGUGGGAUAAUCAGGAGCCGGAGGCGAGGAAGGGUCUUUUUGAGUGGACUAAGACUGUUACCGCGUUGCAGAAGAUUGGGCAGCCGGAGGAGGUUGCGGAAGCGUUUUUGUGGCUGAUGAAGGAUACGAAUGUCACCGGUAGUGUUGCGGAGACUAAUUCUGGGAUGAAGCUGGUUUAA